AUGCAAGCGAGCAAGUUGAAAUUUGAAUGUUGUCGUCGACAACAAAGUUCUACUGAGUCAAUUUUAUGUGCAGUAUGCAUAAAGAAAUAUCAUUUCGCCUGCGUUAAUAAUACAGAUAUAACUUUUAGUGAGCUAACGGAAGAAUAUAAAGUGUCAAGGCAAUGUCCUGUGUGUCGAAGUAGGCAGCCCAGAUCUGACAAUAGUAACACUCCUGUACGUGUUUCGAGCGGGCAAGAGCCUCGUUCCUCGGGAGAACCGUCGCAAAGCAUCAAUAUAAUAGGGAAAAAGGACAUCUUUCAGAGGGAUAAGGUGUCUCAAAGAUUCACUCUGGAGGACAUCCGUUCUAUAGUGAGAGAAGAAAUCGGCACCGCCUUGUGCAAUUCUAACCUAAAACUUACUGAAAAUUAA